AUGGAAGCGAAGGAAAUCCUGGCAAACAUUGCUUUUACCACAUCUGGUGCAUUGGUCGAUUAUGUUGACAGUAUACUAACUCUCUUAGAAAAAGUCGUCGUUAUUUUGCGCGACGGAAAAAAGCUCAUCGGCAUUCUUCGUUCCUACGAUCAAUUUGCCAACUUUAUGUUGCAGGAAACUAUCGAGCGUGUAUUUUUAGGGAAUCGCUACGCGGAUGUCCCCAAAGGUUUAUACAUUAUACGGGGGGAGAAUGUUGUUCUCCUAGGCGAACUUGAUCUGGAUAUGGAGGAUGAGUUGCCGAAAGCGACCGCAUCACCUAUACCCGCCUCAGCGGCGCAAAAGCUGCUUGAGGCAGUUGCUGCGGAGAAUCAGUCGAAAGAAAAGCUUGACAAGCGACGGAUAGCCGUACUGCGCCGGGAUUUUGGCUUCUCUGGCGAAGGUGCAGAGGGAGACAGCUACUAG